CAACCUCAUUAUCAUUGUUUCAAUUCUUCACAAAAAAUUCUCUUGUCAAACCAGCUUUAUAAUUUAAUCCAAACUCGAGCGAGCAACACAUCAACAAUGACGGAACAUACAACGCCACACCAAGUCCUAGUGCACACAACAACACGCAGUACUUACGACACCGCUGUUACCCCUCAACAGGGUAGAUCUUACGACACCGCUUUUACCCCUCAACAGCGAUAUGAGGGUAGAUCUUACGACACCGCUCUUACCCCUCAACAGCGAUAUGAGGGUAGAGUUACUCAUUAUUCUGAUAAAACUCCAUCAACCUCUCAAGUGCUUGCUGUCAUUGCUGGCCUUCCUGUAGGCGGCAUACUGCUUGCACUCUCUGGACUCUCCUUUCUUGGAACACUCACUGGACUGGCGCUCGCAACCCCGCUUUUCAUCCUCUUCAGUCCUAUACUUGUUCCGGCCACCAUUAUCAUUGGCCUGGCUGUUGCCGGUUUUUUGACGUCCGGGGCUUUUGGGCUGACGGCUCUUUCGUCCUUUUCAUGGGUCGUAAACUACAUCCGACAGACUCAAGGGACUGUGCCCGAGCAACUCGAGUCCGCCAAGUAUCGGUUGGCGGACAUGGCAAGUUACGUGGGGCAGAAGACCAAGGAGGCAGGGCAGAAGACUAAGGAAGUUGGACAAGAGAUACAGUCAAAGGCUCAGGAAUCUAAGCAAGAUAUACAGGCAAAGGCUCAGGAAUCCAAGCGAACAUCAGCAACAGCAGCAACAACUACUACAGGGACAACAGCAGCAGCAUGAGAAAAUGAAAGAGUUUGGUUCUGUGUUAGCUUUUGGGGUUUGUUUGGGAAAAUAAUAAAUUAUGUCAUGUGAUAGCAUUUGUGCUUUGUAGGUAAAGUUUGUUGUUUGUUAAUUAGUGUUUUGUUUGUUAAUUAGUGUUUUGUAUGUAAAGGUUUGUGUGUUUGUUAUAUUGUUGGGUUAAGUUUAUGUCGUUGCUUUGCAUUGUUGAAUAUAAUGUGUUAUAUGUUGGUAUAAUAAAUAAUCUCUCUUUUAGUCCAA